AUGGUCCAUUCGUAAGUCGACCACUCUUUGAUGAUAUAAAUGUAAGAGGAGAAAUAGGUAUUGCGAACUGACGAAGACAUCUGGUUGAAGGUGUAGACGACACCCGCAGCGAGAAAUGUCCUGUUUUUGAGGAUGCACUUUGUCAUAAGCGGCUUUGGGGCAAGGAACAUCUCGAAGAGGACGAAGGCAACAAGCAGGACAAAGCCAACGACCAGCAUGGCAACUAUGCUUGCGUUGGCCCAACCACCAUGAGCCUCGUUUGCUAA